CUUUAGCUGACGUCACCGGCGUGGUCCGCUCCUUCACUCGUCCUGUGCGUGCGGUCUAACCUCAAACUGCCUUGCCUUAACACAAUAACAGACGCAACUAAAUAAAAUAAACUGCAAGAUAAACGACAAAUAACUUGUCUAAACUGGCCAUAAUAAAUAUGUUAAAUAGAAUUAAACAAUUAUAAACAAAACACUAAACUGUAUAAUUUUAAAUAUAAAUAUUGCAUAACUCAUUUUAAAUGAAUUAAAAUGCAAAAAUAAAAGCAAACAAAUUUUUUCUCGCAUACUACAUGAAGCUAUUUACCAACAGGUAAUCAAACUUUAUAUUUAGGUUACUUUUUAUGUCUAUUUGUGAUAUCUUGAAGUUGUAUUCAUUUACAUAUAAAGGAUCAUAUAUUGUAAGCCUUUCUUUUAAAUUUAAAUGCCAUGUCUGUAAUUUCAAUAUAAUUCUUAACUUCGAUUUUAGGUAUCAUAUAGUUGAUCACAAACAUUAUUUGGAUGUGUCUAUUAGGAAUUAAAUUACAUCAGUUUAUUUAGAUGGCACGGUUUAAAAACUUUAGGGGUGCAGAGCUAUCCCUAAGAUAUUUAUAGUUCAUGGGUACUUAAAAAAUAACCAUAUGAGCGUAGCUUAUAAAAUAUAUGUAUAGAUUUAUGUUAUAAAGAUUGGCUCUGGAUUUCAUUGAAUACAUAAUUUAAAAGUAAUCAGUUAUUCAAACCGAACACUGUAAAUGAUUGAUUCUCGGUACUAUGCAAAGCUGCAGAGAUUGAAGGAACUCAGGGAGUGAGUGAGUGCCAUGCCACGAGUGAAGAGUGACAGUGACAGUGAGUGCACGUGUGAGUGUGAAUAGAGUGCGUUCAUGUCGCACUGCACCACUGAUGCGUAUGGUGGCCACAGGAUUUCUCAGAACACCUGUUAGAGAUACUGGCAUCGAUCAGUCAUGACUACGAAGGGGUCUGCAGUGGCGAUGAUCGGCGCCAACCUGCGCUAUGGAAGCGCCUCUCCUGGGAAUCUGACCAAUGCCACGCGGGUGUUCCAGUGUCACCCUGGAGGCGAAACCGAGGCCACAGUCAUCUUCGUGCUGGGAGGCCUGGGAAUGGUGGCGAACAUUGCGCUCAUGACCCUGAUCCUCGCCAAGAAACAGCUGCGCAGGUGGUCUCAAGGACUACUGUUCCACCAGGCCAUCGUUGACUGUGCGCGAGCUGCCAUCCUCAUACCCCUGGCUGUGUCCAUCAUGCGGUGUGAACCAGUCAAAAAGUGUUCCUUAGUUGAGACUGCCUUUCUCCUUCUAGUUACCGUGUCAACGGUCAACAUGCUCACUACAGUCCUCAACGACUCCCCUGUGUUCCCCGAGGACGACGAGGAGGAGGACGACCUUUCAGCUCCUCUUCUCAUGGACUCUCCUCAGUGCGUCCUCUUCGGCACCUUCAUGAUCUGGUUUGCCAGCAUCACCAUCAAUCUAGGGCCAACGUUUCUCUCGGGAGCAUUGGCCGCCAACUCGGAGGGGAUGCACAACCUCCCGUCGUGUCCUCUAGUGCACGGACCUUUCCGACACUACGUGCUCAACGUGCUGUGGAUCUUCAUUAACGUGAUCUGUGUACUACUGACACUAUUCCACCUGCACAAACUCCACCGUGACCUGACCAAAGCCAACGUGGAGGCGGUGAGGGUGGCAGGACUAGUCACUACCCUGGUCAGCGUCACCGGGGGCGGCAACAUGCCUGAGAUGCCUACCGGUGUCAUCAACCACCGAGCCCAGGGGACCAACGGAGCGAUUCCCAGGCCGGCGGAUGAACACAGGAGGAUGGAACAUUACUUGCGAAGAAUGGAGCGGGAAGGAGUCCAAAGGGUGAAGAUGUUCCUAGUGAUCACCGCGGCUUACGUGCUGUUCUGGGGGCCGCUGUUCCUUGUCACCCUUCUCCAUCACCCCAUCCUAGGCUACCCCCUGGGAUACGAGGUACAGAUAACGCUGCAUGUCGCCUACGUGCAUGCGUUCGUGAACCCGUCGCUUUUCCUAGUGCUGCACCGGGGUCUUCGCACUGCCGCUCUCGACCUGUGCUGCGGGUGCUGCGUGUCGCUCGGUGGCUGGUUGGCAACACUCUCCCAGGAGGAGAGUGACGUCACCCCUGGGGUCAACUUGCUGCUACCUCCCCCACCACCAGUAGCCUCCCUCAAGCCGCCACCCCCGGCCCUCACUUUGGGAAACGAGAAUAUGAUGUACAAGGAAGAACCGUGGUCGGGGUCUGUGAAGAAGCAGCGGCCCCCGGCGCCAGGGCCGACUCCCCUGCCUCCUACAGCGGGGGCGGCGGCCCUGCCCUUCAACGGGGGCGGAGCUCUUCCAAGAUUCUCGGACGACGAGUCGCAACAGAGCUCCUCCAGCAGCGAGUGAACUGUGUCCAGCACUGGGCAACCGGUACCGGCUGACAGCGGAGAAGAGAGAGGACGAGUACGUCAUCUACCUUAGAAUACUGAAGCGCAGGAAGAGAGCAGAACCUCGUCCUCUCUCGGAAUCCUCCGAGGACGAAGAGGAGGACAUUUGACACUACCGAUGGUGGAGCAAAUCACUUAACGAGACUGAACCGUUCAUAGCUCUGUCCGUUCACGUUCAAAGUGGAGCCAAUAUUAAAACAGGGAUAGAUAAGAUAGAAGUUUUAAACAUUUUUGACCGCAUUUAUUACUUAAUUGUCAAGAAAUUAUUGUUGUUCAAUUUAUAAAGACUUUUUAAUUUUUUUAGUAUAAGUAAUACUCAGUGUAAUAACCAUAACCGGUAUUGUGUUUAAUCAAAAUCUGUUUACAAUGUUCAACCGAUAUUUCUCACACAACCGAUAUUUGUUUCACAAAUCACUGUCAUGUGGUACUAUUUUAAGUACCGUUAUAGUUGAUUCUCCCUUUAAAUGUCUAAGUGGUUUGUUUGUGUCAUUAUGGACAACAGUGUCUCGUAAAACCGCGUUUAAAACUGGUUUUUACGUAUAGUGACAGGUUUACUAUCGGUACUAAAUGUUAUCUUUUUGUAAUUUUACAUUUAUUUCAAUAAAAUUUUUUUUAUGAAACAAGUAUCUUUAUAAAAU